CCCUCCAAACAUCCCCCCCCAAAUUCAACAACCCCCUCCUUCCGGCUCGCUACCUACACAUAUAUUGCUUUCGCAACACGUCUCUUGACCUCAUCGCUUUUGAUAAAGCUAUAUGCCCUUCGGGGAUAACCCUCGCAGUGGCCGAUCAUGGAGGACCGAAUUCAAUUCGACAUAAACGAGUCGCUGAAACACUAUCUGAGCGACCCGGCCUCUGUCCCUACUCCCGAUGCUGAUCCAGAGCUGCUCGACUGCGAGACCGAUCCGGACCAACUGUCUAGCGCUCUGAUUGACAAUGUCUUGAAUCCCAUCGUUGAUGCGGUCGCGGAAAACCCAGAAGGACUGGCCCGAUCGUCUUCUUUCGAUUCGCUGCAGUUUCUGUUGAAGUAUUGCUCGUUUUCCCCCACUAGGUCUCUCAGCAAGCUUCUUGAUUUAAUCGUUUCCGGCUUAUCGGUCGAAGCGGACAUAAUACAUGGGGAGCUUGAAUCCGAUGAGCAGGAUGGCAUACAGCAUCACAAGCAGCUCUUGGAAAUGUAUGGGUUUCUUCUCCAAUGGGCUCUUAGUGCCGUAGAGGUCAAAGCUGCAGAAAAGCCCACAGAGCCUGUACCCGCCCGCAGGGGCGCAGGGAAAUCAGCCAGAUCUAAAACGAACGCCAAAGAUGGAAACUGGGACUGGACCGCGCAGAUUCAGAUCUCGAUGGAGACGAUGUGCAAGGUGAUGAAGCUUAAACUCAGCAGAAUAUUUCUGACGACAUCUGACCGUGAUACAUUCAUCAAUCUGUUCACCCGCUCAAUUUACCUUAUCCUCGAAAGCGAACAACGCGUCAAGAGUAUGAGCAUUCGGAUGCAUGCAUUUAAGGUUCUUUGCAUCGCAGUUAAGCACCACGGCCAUGCAUUCGGUGCCCAGACCUCCAUCGUACAGAGCUUGACAUAUUUUGAGCACCUCUCAGAACCUAUGGCGGAGUUCUUGCAUAUCUUGGCAGAACAAUAUGAUUAUCCUCAGCUCUCGGAUGAAAUACUGAAGGAGCUUGGAAACAAAGAAUUCAAUUCUAAUGACACACGCGGUCCUAAGUCGGUGUCAGCGUUCAUUGUGAAACUCUCAGAGCUGGCCCCACGACUUAUCAUCAAGCAAAUGACUCUUUUGGCUAAGCAGCUGGACAGCGAGUCAUACACCCUUCGUUGUGCAGUAAUCGAAGUCUGCGGGAAUCUCAUCGCCGAUCUAAGCCGGCAAGAGGAGCGGAGUGACAACUACAAAACGCAGAUCAACGCAUUUUUCGAUGUGCUUGAAGAGCGCUUUCUGGAUAUCAAUCCUUACUGUCGGUGCAGAGCUAUCCAGGUUUACAUGAGGAUUUGUGACCUGGAACAGAAAUUCCCCAAGCGACGCCAGGCUGUGGCGGAGCUGGCAGCAAGGAGCUUAGAAGACAAGAGCAGCAACGUGCGCCGGAAUGCGAUACGAUUGCUGGCAAAGCUGGUAUCAACUCACCCUUUCAGUGUCAUGCACGGUGGGCAACUCUCGCACAAGGAAUGGUCAGCUAGACUUGACACUGUGGAUGCUGAACUGAAUGCGUUGAGACCUCCCGAGACACCUGGCUUUGAUGGGGCGGAUGCAUCGCAUGUUGACAGUGCAUUAUUGGAUGAUGCCACUCAAUUGCCGGAGGACUCCCCAUCUAAAGCUUCGGGAUUGACAGAGGAAGAGAAAGCCACAGCCAUCAAGAAAGCUGCUGAACAGGCAGCUACUUCCGAGCUGCUAGCACGGCUACAGCUCACCAGAAAAUAUUACAAUGAAGCCAUCCGGUUCAUCGAAGUCCUUCAUUCCUCAUCUGGCUUGGUCGCUCAGCUUUUAUCGUCGAGGAACAAGAGUGAGGCCAUCGAGGCCAUGGACUUCUUUGUCGUGCUCGAUGCCUACAAGGUCGAGACCUCCCGUAGCGGGAUCCGGCGGAUGCUGCGACUGAUCUGGACGAAAGGUAAUAGUGACGAAGGCAAGGGAGUUCAGACUCACUUGAUCGACUGCUAUAAAGGACUUUUCUUCGAGGCUCCAGAUUCGUUUAGUCCCAAUGAUGCUGCAAAUUAUAUUGCGCGAAACAUGAUCAGUCUAACGUUUGGGUCAACGCCCGCUGAACUGACAUGUCUCGAACAACUAUUGAGUACUAUGAUGAGGGCCGGCCACAUUUCAGAUGCCGUUAUUGCGAAGCUCUGGCAGGUCUAUGGUGUGCAAAAGAAAGAGAUAUCAAAGACGCAGCGUCGAGGAGCUAUAAUUGUCCUGGGCAUGCUUGCUUUGGCAGAUCCCGAGGUCGUCAUAAAAGAAAUUGAGACAAUGUUGCGCAUCGGCCUUGGAAGCCUGGGCAGAUCUGACCUCGUGCUUGCAAAGUAUACAUGCAUUGCAUUGAGACGAAUGGUGCCAGGUCGCCAAGCAAAGUCCAAGGACGUUGGUAUCCCCAAACUGGGCAAUGACCAUGCAGUUUUGACGAAGCUCGGGGCUAUAGUCGAAUCGAUAUCUGAUAGUAAAGAAUGGUACGGUGUGGCGGAACAAGCCAUUGGUGCUAUUUAUGCCCUGUCAAAGCAUCCAGAUGUCUUGUGCUCUGAUAUACUGAAACGGAAAACUAGAUUCGUUUUUCAGCCACAGCUUCAACGAUCCCCUUCCAAAGUUUCAGAUGACGGAGAAGAACAACGACCUGAAACGGCUUCAACGGAAGGUCAAGGAGCAAAGCAAGAAACAUCGUCUACUUCUUUAUCCCAGCUUCUUUUUGUUGUCGGUCAUAUUGCCAUUAAGCAGAUUGUUCAUCUUGAAUUGUGUGAACUUGACUUUAAACGACGCAAAGCAGAACAGGAGAAGAACAAAACAGCCAAUACCUCCAACCAAAAGAACGACAAUGCCGAAGAUGAUGAGCUUGACCUCAUCGGUGGGACUACUGAAGAUGACUUUCAGGAUGCCAUGGCACAUAUUCGAGAACGGGAAUUGCUAUACGGCGAGAAUUCGCUCCUAUCCAAUUUUGGGCCGUUGGUUACAGAAAUUUGCGCGAAUAGCAACAUCUAUGCCGACCGCAACCUUCAGGCGGCGGCAACUCUGUGCAUGGCCAAGUUGAUGUGUGUCUCGGCAGACUAUUGCGAGAAAAACUUGCCACUUUUGAUUACCAUCAUGGAGCGUUCUGAAGAUCCAACGGUCCGCAGUAACGCCGUGAUCGCUUUAGGAGACAUGGCAGUUUGUUUUAACCAUCUGAUCGAUGAAAAUACAGACUUCUUGUAUCGUCGACUGAACGAUGACGAAGCUUCGGUAAAGCGCACUUGUCUCAUGACGCUUACAUUCCUUAUUUUAGCCGGUCAGGUCAAGGUCAAAGGGCAGCUGGGCGAGAUGGCUAAGUGUCUCGAGGAUGAAGAUAAGCGUAUUGCUGACCUUGCCCGCAUGUUUUUCACUGAGCUGGCGGGCAAAGACAACGCAGUCUACAACCACUUCGUUGAUAUGUUCAGCCUUCUUAGUGCUGAACGUAAUCUCGAGGAGGCCUCAUUGAGGCGUAUCGUUAAAUUCCUGAUAGGCUUCGUUGAAAAGGAGAAACACGCCCGGCAAUUAGCUGAGAAACUGGCUGCUCGACUUCCCAGAUGUGAGACCGAGCGGCAGUGGAAUGAUGUUGCUUAUGCCUUGUCUCUUCUUCCUCACAAGAAUGAAGAAAUAACGAAGACAGUAACUGCAGGAUUCAACAAAGUUGUCACGGCGAACGCCUAGGCUGAUGAAAUUAUGCUUCAUAAUGAUAACUUGGGAUUUUGGUCUCUACAUCGGCGCAUAAAUGGGGGCCCAGCGGCGUUUGAGGUCGGGUGUCUGCGAAGGAACUACGGAUGGAUGUGCUUAAAUUUCUUUUCUGUGUUUUCUUUACCCUCUCUUCCUUUACUUAUCACGUGUUCAGUAUAUGUAAGGGGGACUAACCUUAUGGUCUGAUGGGCGGCUAGUCCCAAUGGAAUUGUACAGUGGACCUCGGU